CCGCGCCGUUACUUCCUGCACCCGCGUCUCCGCUAGCCGGCCCCCCGCAGUCCCCGGGGCGCCGUGCGGCUCCAGACCGGGACGGAAGCUGCCGGCCGUCGCGGGUGGCCGGAUCUGCGUCCCGCCUCAGCGCUCGGACAUGCGGAAGAGAGAAUGACCCAGAGGGACACGCUUGUGCAUCUGUUUGCCGGGGGAUGUGGUGGUACAGUAGGAGCUAUUCUGACAUGUCCAUUGGAAGUUGUAAAAACACGGCUGCAGUCAUCUUCUGUGACGCUUUAUAUCUCUGAAGUUCAGUUGAACACCAUGGCUGGAGCCAGUGUCAACCGUGUAGUGUCUCCCGGACCUCUCCACUGCCUAAAAGUGAUCUUGGAAAAAGAAGGGCCUCGUUCCUUGUUCAGAGGAUUAGGUCCCAAUUUAGUGGGGGUGGCUCCUUCCAGAGCAAUAUACUUUGCUGCUUACUCAAACUGCAAGGAAAAGCUGAAUGGUGUAUUUGAUCCGGAUUCUACCCAGGUACACAUGAUUUCAGCUGCAAUGGCAGGUUUCACUGCAAUCACAGCGACCAACCCCAUUUGGCUUAUAAAGACUCGGUUACAGCUUGAUGCAAGGAACCGUGGAGAAAAGCGAAUGGGUGCUUUUGAAUGUAUUCGUAAAGUGUAUCAGACAGAUGGACUUAGAGGAUUUUAUAGGGGCAUGUCUGCUUCAUAUGCUGGCAUAUCAGAGACGGUUAUCCAUUUUGUUAUUUAUGAAAGUAUUAAGCAAAAACUACUGGAAUAUAAGAUUGCUUCUACAAUGGAAAAUGAGGAAGAGUCUGUGAAAGAAGCGUCCGAUUUUGUGGGAAUGAUGCUGGCUGCUGCCACCUCAAAAACUUGUGCCACAACUAUAGCAUAUCCACAUGAAGUUGUAAGAACAAGACUACGUGAAGAGGGAACAAAAUACAGAUCUUUUUUUCAGACACUAUCUUUGGUUGUUCAAGAAGAAGGUUAUGGGUCUCUUUACCGUGGUCUAACAACUCAUCUGGUGAGACAGAUUCCAAACACAGCCAUUAUGAUGGCCACCUAUGAAUUGGUGGUCUACCUUCUCAAUGGAUAGCAACUUUAAGCUGCUGUACUAUGAAGAGGGAAGACCAAAAGAUUCCAGUGGACCGUGCAGUAUCAAAGCCAGCAUGGUGGACAGAAGUAAAACAUUUGGGAACAUGUAACUAUGCCUAAAUGGAAGUUUGGUUGUAGGAAUUAAAGUAAUCAUAACCACAUUACUUGGUUUUUUUCAGUAAUAUGAAGAAAAAAAACCUAGGCUGCCUCUAAGAAAAAAGCCUUUAGAAGCACUCCUUUCUCCAAAUUGCCAUUUUCUCUACCAUGUCCACAGGACACAGUUGCAUUUUGUUGAUUUAUGGCAGAGUACAGUAUGUAUUCCAUGAGCACUUUUCCAGUCUUCUAUACAAAGCCAUCCCUAAUUGUAUAAAUAUUACAACUAUCCAAAGAUAGUAUUGACAGUCAUAAAUGUCUUACCUCUGGCUUCUGUGUAAUUCAUGUAAAAUUGUAAAAUAACAAGAAUAAGUGAGAUUCUUAGUAUUACUUUUCCAUUUCCUUGAGAGGAUCUGGAAUAUUUUAAAAUUAAUUAUUUGGCAUUAAUAGUCACUAGUUUUGACAACUAAUGAAAUAAUGUCAAAAGAUCUUGCAUAUCUUUAGCUUUAAAAUGUUUCGGUUUCCACUGCUAACAGGUGCUUGAUGUUGAACAUGAUGUGGACACUUAAAUUGUUCAUUAACGUAUCAAGCCCAGUGUAAUAGUUUGGGACAAAAGAAACCAGUGAAAUGUUGAUUCUUGGCCCUUUGAGUAACUUGAGUACAUCCUCAUAUCUUCUCUAACUUUACAAUACAUGAAUGAAUGCGGUUGUCUUGACAGUGACUUAGUAGUUACGAACUUGAAUUAUCAUGUCAUACCUAGAUAUUUUCUUAAAAUGGAAAAAAUUCACCGCUAUUUAAUCUUUCUCUGUUUGCCUUCACAUUAGGAAUUUGAACCAUUGAAUUAUUUCCAGAAGAUCAAUAUAGAUUGCAUUUGUUUUGUAGAGAAAAUGGUAAUUUUCAGCUUCGCCCUAUUAGGUUUCUUUUUUUAAGGUGACAUUAUAAAUAUCUGGGGCAGUAUAAACAUAGAAGAGGGACCCUCUGCUGUCUAAUUGAGCAGGUAGUGAUUCUAAUUGACCAGAGUUUUGUGAAUGAACAAACUGCUUUUGAGAAGAAAUUUUUGUUAUCCUGAUUUCUUGAAUGGUAAAUCAUAGAAAGACUCAAAUUAAUUCAGAUUAAGUUUCCUAACAGGAUAUAGCUUUUACAUUUUGCUGUUGAGUUCAGCUGUACCUUUUAGUAUCUAAAUGUAUAUAUGUAUGGCCCUUCUGAAGAUGUUUGCUGUAAAUCUGUUAAGAGACUUGCUUAUGGAUGUUGCUAUACUGGUAUAUAAAACAUCUACAAUUAAACUCCAGUGUGGUACUCAUUUCAGUAUAGAUGAACUGUACAUUUUGUGCAAUGGCUUUAUUUUAAGAAUGACUUUGUGAAUGCACUUUGUGGCCUUUUUUUGGAGAAGGGUGAGAGUAGAGUAUUCCAUGUUAAGACUUUUUUCUUUCUUUUUUUUUUUUUUUUUUUAAACAUCGGUCAUGUAUUAGGCAGAAACCAUGUUCAAAACAUUUUUCUGGGUUUUAGAUACGGUGUUUGGAGAUCUUUAAUAAUAUAAAUGUUUUAUGUAUUCUGUGUAUACUCUAAUGACCCUAACACAGAAAAUUGUAGCAUGUCAUUGCAAGCUUUCUCUGCUAUCACCAGUGAAACACAGUGCCCUCUUAAAUUCCUUCACCUUCUUAACUCCUUAUAAUCAACAUAACUGGAUGUUUUUGAGGUGCUUUGAUUGGAAUUAAAAAAUAUUCCAAUCUCUUUGGAGACCAAAGGCAAAUUCAGUUUCAUUACCUUUGGGAUUAUCCGUACCUUUUAUGGUGAAUUUUAGCUUUGACAUUUAUUGUGAGAAACAUGCCAAAAAAAAAAAAAAUCUAGGGAUUUCUAACUUAAAUCUGUAGAGAAAGUCUCAUAGUGUUUGCCUUUUCAGGUGCCACUUACACUGCCUAAUACAGUGCCAUUUGCCUUGCAAAGAUUUGUAAACAUUAGUUGUGUUGAAUGUAAGACAGAUUCUCCCUAAUGGUAAUGAUUUCAGUAUACCACAAAUGAUUAAGAAUGAUACGAAAACCAGCAGCUGUGGAACAUCUUAUUAUUUAGUGCUAGCACAUUCAUAAUAAGUGUCCUUCAAGGAUGAACAUGUAUUCUUUUCUUGUUUGUAUUUAGCAAGUAAAACUUAUGUUGACCUUAGUGUAUUAUAUUCAGAUUUUAAAAGUGAGUAUUCUCUGUGUACUGGAAGAAAAGAUCUUAGAGUCUUAGAUUUUGUUUCUUUGUGCAACAACUGGAAAGAAGCAGUGAAGCUUAUUUUAGUUUUGUUUUUUUUUUCCCAAA